AUGGCAAUCACUGGAGAGGAUCGAAAGCGCAUGGGCACGCCAGAUCCCGAUCUGCUGAAAGCGAUCGAGAAGAGCCCAUUCCCAGACCUCACAGGCGGCGACCCGAACGCAGCAGUAGGCGGCGCCAUUCGACACAACCGCGCCGACCACCUGUCCAAACUCCGACACCUAUACCCCAUCCCUGGUCCCAUCCCAGAAGUCGACGAAACCGAGCACCAAGUCCCAGUCCGCGAUGGCUCAACCAUCCGCAUCCGUAUCUACACACCAGUCACGAAACCCUCCAGCGGCAGCCCGCUCGUCGUGAUGUUCCACGAAGGAGGCUGGUGCAUGGGCGACCUAACAGACGAAGACCAGAACUGCCGGCUCUUCGCUCGAGACUUGCGAACUGUAGCGGUGAACGUCGAGUACCGUCUUGGACCCGAACACCCUUUCCCCACGGGUGUCCACGACGCCUUCGAUGUGGUGAAGUGGUGCGCAGCGACCGCUACUCCUUCCUCCUCCACCCUACCGGCAGACCCAAGGCUGGGUUUCAUCGUAGGCGGCGCAUCGGCCGGCGGCAACCUCUCCGCUGUCGUGAGCCAGCUCGCUCGAGAUGAAGGGCUAAGCCCUCCGAUCACAGGACAAUAUCUCUGCGUUCCCGCGCUGCUGUGGCCGGACGUAGUGCCUGAGAAGUGGAAGGCUGAGUACCGGUCACGCUUCGAGUCGACUGAAGAUCCGGUCUUGAAGCUUGAUCCGAAGAGUGGCGAAGGCGUGUUGAAAGCUUUGAAGCCGGACGUCGCGAGUCCGCUGUUCUCGCCUUUACUCCAUGAAAAUCUGAAGGGCUUACCGGCGGCUUACUUCCAGCUGGCUGGUCUUGACCCGUUGCGGGAUGAGGGGCUGUUGUAUGAGAGGGUUUUGAGGGAGGAGAACGGUGUACCUACGCGGCUUGAUGUAUAUGACGGAUUAGGUCACAUGUUCUGGACCAACUGGCCGGAAAUGGAGAGGAGCAAGGGAUUUGUUCGAGACACGCUGGAAGGUGUCAGAUGGUUGCUGGAGGUCGGUAGAGAGCGGGAGUAG